UCUGCUGCUGCCGGGGCUACUGCUGCUUUAACAACACAGGGACGAUAACACGGAGAUAGCAGAGCACCGUGGGUGUCAUUACAAGGCUGAAGAAGUAGAUAACGGUACCUGUGAGGUAAAGUCUCUCACGCGUUUAAUGGAAGGAAACAUAUGUUGGCUUAAUGAAGUUUAACAUGCUAACGGCAGGUUUGGCUAUUUUCAUUUAGCUUGUUAGCUCGUUUGUUACAAGUGCUGCCUGUAGCGGCUAAAUGCAGAUUGUGGGAGCCGCUAGCCAUUUGAGGAACUCAUGACAGCUGGUAAAUGACGCUAGCGAGCGGUACUGAUUUAACCAUUUACUAGCAAGAUAACGAUAAAGGCUGUUAGCAUGUCUAUCCAGCCGACAGGAACAAAUGGCUUUUAAUAAUUAAUUAGCUAUUUAAGCUAGCAAUGCGUACCCAAUCAUAUCAAAAUACCGUUAGCUUGCCGGUGUCGUAUUACUGCACUCUAUCGUACGGUUAUAGUAUAUUGCAUAAUGAGUGAUAACUAUGUAAAAGUGCAGCCGGAGCAAAUGAAAUCAUUAGUUGAGGUUGGAGAGAAGGAGGGUGUGGACACAGAAGAGCAGGUUCCUGUAUCUUCCCCCUCUGCUGACCCCCCCAGCAUCACCAUAAGUGGCAGUGAUGUGUCCAACACCUCCAUCACGAGCAAACAAAGAGGGAAAAGUCGCAGCAAGCUGGUGAAAGAUGACAAGAACUCUAGUGGCAAAAACAUCCCAGAUCUGUCAGUUCAAGGGUCUGUGGUUUCUGCUCAUACUGGGAAAAACUUGAAUAGACUGGGCCAGGAGCAGGCCCUUCACAUCAAAGGGACUGGGAAGAUCCUGCAGGGUAAAUCAGAGAAUAAUGGGAACUAUGUGACCAUCCAUCCAUCCAAAAACAACCAAGAAGCACGGCGCGAGGAGGCUCUCAAACUCUCAAGGAAGAGGAGGCCAGUGACGGUGGAUACAGCCAAAGCCAAAACAUCACUGGAAGCACUGAAGAUCAGCAUCAAGCAGCUGAAGUGGAAAGAGUUUCCUCUGGGAAGACGAGCGCCCUGUGAUAUCUACUGGCACGGCGUUUCCUUCCAUGAUAAUGAAAAUAUCCUCUCAGGGCAGGUCAACAAGUUCCCAGGAAUGAUUGAAAUGCUGAGGAAAAUCAAUCUGAGUCGAGCAAUGCGGACUAUGCAGGAGCUGUUCCCCGAUGAGUACGACUUCUAUCCCCGUUCCUGGAUCCUGCCGGAGGAAUAUCAGCAGUUCUCUGCCCAGAUUCGAAUGGUGAAGGAGAAGGAUGCUUCAGUGAAUCCCACCUUCAUUGUGAAGCCAGACGGGGGCUCUCAAGGGGACGGCAUCUACCUCAUCCGUGACCCCAGUGAACUGAAAGUCAUGGCGGGUUCUCAAGCCAAACAGUCUGUCGUGCAGGAGUACAUCCACAAGCCGCUGCUCAUCGACAAGCUCAAGUUUGAUAUCCGCCUCUAUGUGCUGAUAAAGUCUCUGGAGCCAUUGGAGAUCUACAUUGCCAAAGAAGGCCUGACGCGUUUUUGCACUGAGCCCUACCAGGAACCAAGCCAGAAGAAUCUCACCCAUGUCUUCAUGCACCUCACAAACUACUCCCUCAACAUCCACAGUGGCAACUUUGUGCACUCAGACAGUCAGAACACAGGCAGCAAGCGCACCCUCUCUAGUGUGCUGUACAGGCUGGCAGCUAAAGGUGUUGACAUCAAGAGGGUGUGGUCUGACAUCAUUGCUCUCGUCAUUAAGACGGUCAUCGCUGUGGUGCCAGAACUCAAAGUCUACUAUCAGGCUGAUAUACCGCCUGGGAAACCGGGACCCACGUGUUUUCAGAUCUUAGGUUUUGACAUCCUGCUGAUGAAGAACUUGAAGCCUGUCUUAUUAGAGGUCAAUUCCAACCCCAGUAUGAGAAUAGAGCAUGAACAAGAGAUUUCACCUGGGGUCUUCGAAUAUGUUCCCAGUCCAGUUGAUGAGGAGGUAAAAGUGGGCGUGAUCAGGGACACUCUGCGCCUUAUGGACCCCAACCUCAAGAAACCUUCAACUUCUCAGCCAAGGUCUGGUGGGACUGAUCAGGGAGAGGAGAUUCCCAUGGAGCCGGAGACACAAGCGAGGAGCCCAGAUGAAGGAGCUCUUCCCUCUCUAUGUCUGAAGCAGGUUUACCCCAAAUACACCAAGCAGUUCAACUACCUGAGGCUGGUGGAGCGGACAGCAGCUCUCUUCAUACGCUUCCUCGGGGUCAAAGGAAACAUGCGUCUGGGCCCCACUGCCUUUCGAACCUUCAUCAGGACCUGUAAGCUGAGCAACAGCAACUUCACCAUGGCCUCAGUGGACAUCCUCUACAUCGACAUCACACGCCGCUGGUCAGGAGCAUCGCCUGACUCCAGAGAAGCAGGUAUGGGUCUCCAGGCCUUCGUUGAAGCCUUUUUCUACCUGGCAGCUCGCAGGUUCAAAUCCCUGUCUCUGAGGGAGCAGGUCCUGUCCCUGCUGGAGCUGUGCGAGGCUCAGCUCGAGUCUCAGUCGAGCGUCGAGGACCGACGCUCGGUGAGCUGCAGCCGGGCGCUGACACGAGCCGUCAGGACCCAGACGCUCGGCGUGACGGGCGCCAACCCUCAGCCCCAAUCCCCCACUCCUCUGAGGAGAGCUGCCAGCCAGGACUAUCGCCUGCACCAGAAGCUCAAACCGCGCACACUCAGGGCCAACGUGGAGAACUGAUGGACGCCUUCUCCACGGGAGCGGGAAGAUUAUCCAUCUCUCCUCUUAAGAGAUGGAUGAUGGGAGCUGAGAAGAGGGCUAGCUUGACCCCUGCUGGCUGACUAGCAGGAGCUCUCCUCUCAGCUUGAUUGCUUUUUUUCCAGAGGAGGAAGAUGUCUGCAGGGGGAGCUGGAAUGGAAAUCAAACAAGAGAUAUGAGUUCAUGAACCCUUUUUUUUUUUUAACUCUCCUCCUGCUGCGAUCAUACAUGAACAGUUUGGUCCAAUCAGGAGGAGGAGUCGUCUUCAGGGCAGCUAUGUGCUUCCCUUCACCUUUAUCUGGCAACUUAAACACUGACACCAACUUUCAGUUCAGGGAAACUUUAGCUUCUUCACGUUCAUGCAUUAACACUCAUAAAGUAAAGGGUGUGAGGGAGUGACCUUACUAAGUGUAUUAUGACCUUGAAUUUGCACAACUCUUUGAACUCAAACAUUUGCACAGAGAUGGAUGUGAGGGUGACCGGGCAGCUUUUGUGUGGACCUAUUAUGCCUGUUGAAGUGUGUUUGUGUGCGCGUGUGUGCACUGUGCUGUACUUUAUUCGUGUUUAGCUCAAUAGUGAAAGCCUAUUUACAGCCAGUGGCUCAGCUGUGCGCCCGAGCUCCGAGAGCCCAUUAGUGACGAGUUAAGUGAACGAGUAUUCAAAGGGAAAAGGCCACGACGCUGCUUAUCCUCUCAGCUCAGCAGUCAGGCAGUUUGAAACCUCCAGCCAACAUGUUUUUAGGAUUUCCUCAAAGACACAACUGCCAUCGAGAAGAAGCGAUUUCAGACAUGAUUGCAUGGCGCAGAAUUUCUCAGCUUAAGCUUUGUAUAAACCUUUUCAAAAGCCUGAUUCCUUUGUUGGUUACAUAUAAAAACAAGGUAAUAGACUGUUGUUUCAAAUUACCACCGCUACAGAUAAUCUCAAACACUAAUGCUUGAACUGUACAUAUUUUUCUUCUCACUCUAAGACAGUGAUGCACAGAUGGAGAAGUAAGAGGUUGCACUCAAUAACACUGGUGUUCAUGCAGUAGGUCUGACUUUUAAACUGCAGUAUAUUCAAUAAAUGUAAGGUUAUUCAGAUGGAUCUAAUUUAAAACACUGCUGCAAAAAUAAAAUUAAC